AUGGAACAAGAAAAAGCAACCACCACCACCGUAGUCGAGCCGUCGUCGUCACACUCCGAAGCCUCGAACAUCUCCGCCACAUCGGAAGAAUCUCCGAUCAAAGACGACGUCGACAGCAGCAAGAAUAAAGAGAAAAUCGUCGAAAAAGACGAAUCCGAAACGAAGCUCCGCGUCGUUCUAGAUCUCACUGUUGCGAACGAAGAGGAAGGGAAAAACCCUAAUUCGAAGAAAAUUGAGCUCAACCUCUUCAACAGCAACAACAACAACAACUCUUCGAAUAUCGCGAGCGAGUCGUCCAACGAGGGCGGCGGCAACCCCGGGAAGCCCGCCGCGGAGCCGAAAACCUUCACUUGCAACUUCUGCAAACGAGGGUUUUCGACUUCUCAAGCGUUGGGCGGCCACCAAAACGCCCACAAACAAGAGAGAGCACAAGCCAAGCACCGCAACGGCAUGGCGGAGAUGUCCGGCGGCCCCGGAGCUCCACCGCCUCCGCCGCCGCCCUACGGGUACCCGUACUACCACCACCACCCCGGUGGGCCCUACGCAGCCUACCAACAAGUACCCUAUUACUCGAGCCCUUACAGCAGGUCGCCAUCGUCAUCGUCGUUACUCGGCGUUAGGACGGAAUCCAUGAUUCAUAAACCGCACGCUUAUCAUCCGUACAACAACGGAUACCGAUACGGGCACGAAAAGCUGGCUAGGGCUUAUUUAAUCAGCCCGUCGCCUUCUACAUCGUACGAUAGAUUAAGGAUGGAUAAUUUUCAAACGCAUCAAAUUAGUGGUAGUGGAUUAGGAUUAGGGUUAGGAGUUAACCCUAAUAACCCUAUUAGGAUUGAUAAUGAUACAUGUAAUGUAGUGAGGAGCAAGCCUAAUGAAGUCAAGAACAAUCGAGGGCUGCGCUUGGCAAACGACGGCGGCAACGAACAAACGGAUGGUUCCGGGCUCGAUUUGAAUCUUAGGCUUUAAUUUCAUUGUUAUUGUCCCUUUAAUUUUCUUUAU